AAAGAGGUGUAAUCUAGAAAAAUAGAAACCUUAUCGAGUCGCAUCAUGUGGUGACGGGAAAUAGGCUUAUCUUUCGAGAAGAAACAAACUAGCUCGGCUGAGAAGUAGUAGAGCUUUUGCGCAGCAAUGGCGGCCUUGAGCUGCCCAUUUCACCCUAAAGUCUACAAGAGUUCUCAAAAUAUUAAAGCUAGACCUUCCAUCUCUUGCUCAAUGCAGCCUUCUCAAAGUAAUACCAAGGUUAUUGUGAAUGGAGCAGCAAAAGAAAUAGGAAGGGCAGCAGUAAUUGCAGUGACCAGAGCUAGAGGAAUGGAGGUGGCUGGUGCAGUGGAUUCCCAUCUUGUGGGAGAAGAUAUUGGGAAGGUAUGUGACAUGGAAGAUCCACUAGAAAUUCCCAUAAUAAAUGACCUCACCAUGGUAUUGGGUUCCAUAUCUCAGUCAAAAGCAACAGGAGUUGUCAUUGAUUUCACUGACCCUUCGACUGUAUAUGACAAUGUGAAACAGGCAACAGCAUUUGGGAUGAAAAGUGUGGUGUACGUACCUCGAAUUAAGCCUGAUACCAUAACUGCAUUAUCUGUAUUAUGUGAGAAAGCCAGCAUGGGUUGCCUUGUUGCGCCAACUCUAUCCAUAGGAUCUAUACUUCUCCAACAGGCAGCAAUAUCAGCUUCCUUCCACUACAACAACGUAGAGAUAGUGGAAUCAAGGGCCAGUCCGAAGGAUCUUCCUUCGCCAGAUGCAGUCCAGAUUGCCAGAAACCUCUCUAAUCUUGGCCAGAUCUACAACAGACAAGAUAUUUCAACUGACGUUCUGGCAAGGGGUCAAGUUCUAGGAGAAGAUGGGGUUCGAGUACAUAGCUUAGUCCUUCCAGGACUUCCUUCGAGUACAACAGUCCACUUCUCAGGCCCAGGAGAGGUAUACUCUCUCAAACAUGAUAUCACCAAUGUGCAAUGUCUCAUGCCAGGCCUAAUCUUGGCCAUCAGAAAGGUUGUGCGCCUUAAGGUAACCAAUCCAAUGCCAUUUAAUUUUUUAAUGUCUUCAAGCAUUUUGCUUUAGUCCAUCUCCAAAGUGAAAAUGCCCUUUCCAUUGUAAAUUUUUCUUGCAGAAUCUGGUGUAUGGCUUGGAGAAAUUUUUGUAGUCGUUUUCCAUCUCCACAAUCUGGAACUUUGAUGUGUUUCAUCAAUUGAAGAUAAAUAGCAUAUCAUCCUGAAGACAAAAAUUAGAAAGAGAUCGCUUUGAUACAAGAAACAGCAGAGGGGAAAGAGAUUUUUUCUUUUGUUUUUAAUGAAAUGCCAUUCAGUGAACCUUUGAGAGACUUUAAAAGUAAUGUGAUAUUCAGUCAGAAUCGAACAUGAUAAGGCCAAAUUUCAUUCA